UUGCGUCCGUAGCAACGGUAACCGGAAACAAGGUAUCCCUACAUCCGGUUUUGGUCGCCAUCUUGUGAAAUAGGCCUAUAAGAGGAAUGUUGAUGUGGUUCAAGUGAAUCUCAAGAACAGGAGCUGACAGGAGUGACUUUCUCAUUAACGCGUUAUUUUAAAAUAACACUAAAUACAUUUCAGGGUUUAUCAGACUCGCUAACAAGCUAACUUAACCAGUGUUAGCUAACAUAGUUAACCUCCAGGACCAUGUCUGCAUAUUGAGACAAACGUUGAAAGUUAUCCUGCGCAGUAUUUGCUUCUGCUAUUGUUAGCUAGAACGGUAAAUGAGUGCGUCAUAAUUUGCCGGGUAAGGACACUGCCGUUCUACCCUUGAGCAAGAUGUUCGCAGAAAUCGCCUGGACUCGACUCAUCUGCCCAAAUUCGCCUGCUCUACUGACUUCCUUAGCUCACCUUACGUUUCGUUCCUAUUUACAGUAUAGCCUAAUUACAUCCCAUUUACCUACUCUUCCUUUAUCACUUCUGUUAUUCAUUGGCAUCUCUUCCUGAGGCUAUGGCGCGCCACAGCAAGUUGCAGAAACAGAUUUUGUCACUGUAUCGGCAGUUCCUUCGCGCUGGGCAGCAUAAGCCCGGUUUUCUGCCGCGUGUUCGGGACGAAUUCCGGCAGAAUGCUCGCAUCCCGAAGACCGACGUCAUGCACAUAGAGUACCUCUACCGGCGUGCCCAAAGGCAACUCGACCAGCUGAAAGACGUUAACACCAAACAACUGGGGACCUUUAUAAAGCCCAAGGGCCAAAACUGAGCACUGACUGUUCUUCAGGCACCUUCAUCCAGAUUCAUUUUGUAAAAUUUUAGUUUUUAUUAUUGUUAUUAUAUAAUAUGACCAUUUAUAUUUAAUGUUUUAUUUAUUUUUGUUUGUUUGUGUUUGGUUCUUCAGGGAUUAGACACAAGAGUUACAGGCCGUUAGGGGUGCGGCCAGGGUGAUAUGUACGCUCUUGCUAUGUUUUCUCUAAAAUGACAAUGGGCAAAGUCCCACAGUUCUUGAAAAUAUUUCCAUCCUGGAAAGUCUUUGAAAAUGACAAUAAAAAGGUGAAAUGUCAUUGACAGGUCUGUGAAACUUUACAGUGAAUAAAAUCCAUGCAUCUUUCUUGAUGA